AUGGUCACUACAACAGAUGGUUCGACUAACCAAGAUGACGAUGAUGCAAUAAUUGGAGUUGCAGCUACAUCUAUUUUAGUUGCCUGGGUUGCAAUAAUUGUUGCCUACGAACAUGAAAGUAGCAUUCCUAGAGAACCAUAUGUUAAUAAAGAUCAAGAAAGAGAAUUUUACAUGAAUAGUAUUUUGAAUGGAAGUGAUGUUCACAGUGUAGGUCAGAUAAGAAUGAGUAAGCAUGCGUUUUAUGAACUAUGCAAUGCUCUUAGAAGGAAUAGUUUCUUGUGUUCAACCAAAAAUAUGUCUGUUCAAGAACAAGUCAACCGAGUCUAUUCAUCGAUGCUUCCACACCAUGCUUCAAGUAGUUUUGAAGCUCUAUCCAAUCCUUAUAAAAUCACCGGAUGGAACCGUCCAACCGGAGAUAAUGAACAACCAUCGAUAUUAUCCCUGGUUUACCGAGCAAAAGAUGGAACACAUGUGCUUGCAUCUAUCCCUAUUGAACAACAAAAUAGAUUUCAUGGUCGAAAAGGCACAACAACACAAAAUGUAUUAGCCGUCAUUAACUUUAAUUUGAAGUUCAUGUAUGUGCUUGCUGGUUGGGAAGGAUCUACACAUGAUUCUCGCAUAUUAAAUGAUACAUUGAAGAGACCACAUGGUCUCCAAAUCUCACAAGAUAAAUACUAUCUUGUAGAUGUGGGAUAUAGACUUCAUAAAGGGUUUAUUCCUCCUUAUCAUGGAAUACGCUAUCACUUGCAAAAAUAUAGUGAUUGUUCUCCCCAAAAUGAAAGAGAAUUGUUCAAUCUUCAUCGUGCAUCACUGAGAUCCUCAGUUGAACAUGCCUUUGAUAUUCUAAAGAGACGAUUUCGUGUGAUUGACAAUGAACAUUUUUGGGACUUUAAGACACAAGUGAAUGUGGCAUUAGCGUCGUGCAUUUUACAUAAUCACAUAGUUGAUUCGGAGCCAAAUGACAUAAUAAUACAAGAAGUAGAUGUUGAAGCAGUAAUUCAACUUCAAAAUGCUCAAAUUACUCAAAAUUCUCAAGGAAGUCAAAGCUAUCAAACACAAAGAGAAAGGCGAGAAGAAGCUAGACAACGGUCAUCAAAAAGAGAUGCAAUUGCUCAUGCCAUGUUUGUAAAUUAUGAUAGGUGA